GCUACCUGGGUAGAAACACGCGAUGCUGGGGAUCCCCAAUAUUGUCCUCGCUAAUCAAAACUCCCUUUCGAGUCCUCUUCCCACGCGCUUCUACCGCAUGCGCAAGCACCACUUUGGAUGUAUCCUCGCGAGAAAAGUAAAACCGCUGCUCCAGACCAGAGACAGACCUAGCCGCAGGCGCUGACCCCGAACCCCACGACGUCGAGUGUCCAGGGGCAACCGUCAAAGCUGCCCCUCCCCCUCUUCUUGCUCCUCUCGGGACCUCCCAGUCAGCUUCCCUGCCGCUUGAUUUCCAUACAAACCGCACGAGUCCAACGCUCGCCUCACCUCGUCGUCCAGCCCGUCGAACACUACCAGUACAUCACGACGUACCCGACGUUUGGCUCGGCCUAGGUAGCCCGUCCACGCACAUCCAUACGUCAACCGCACCGUUGUCAACACACAUAUCACUCACGCCCACGUCUUCCAUCGACAUAUUAUCACACUUAACAUACCGACACCACUUCUAUCUGUUCGAGACGCAGGGCGGUCCGACUCGGCUUCGCUCCCACACGUUAUUUACAUUGCCACCCCGCCUCGGCCUAGGCGAAUCAACUUUACGCGCCAAACCCAUCCCUUCAUCGUCAAAAACCUACACACGCGCCGUCCUCGUCAUCUGUCCGGCGGCCGUCGUCCUAGGUGAUCCCACCCGACCUUGUCAGUACUAGGGAAGAAACACCUAAACUCAUGCUCGACUCUCAUGCUCUAUUCUAUCCAUGAAUGACAGCAAAUGCACUGCAUCCAACAUCUGCGUGCACCAAUUACCUCCUUCCGACAACCUCCUGAUUGGCCUACGAAAUUCCUCCAAAAGGCCCCUCGAGCCCGGCCGAUCUCUCGUCCUCUGCCCCUCGUCACUCUCAUCUGAAUAUGGUCGUCGCUAUUGCUUCUUUGUACACUUCCAUCCUCCUUCGCCACAGCGUCUGAUGUCUCUUGCGUGCGGCCACCUGCAUACUGCCCGUCACGCUUGAGUAGCAACUGAACGUCCACAAGAACACGCCCAUCGUCAUUCUUGUCUCGCGCUGCCCGCGCCCGGCCACUUCCCAGCCGCCGCCAGCCCAACACAGCUCAGACCUGACACCAAGCCCUCCCGAACUAGGCUGGACGUUGACCGUCUUUCACUUCAAGGCCCAUCCUUGUUCCCCGCCUGGUUCGCUCCCGGACCAGGUCUGCCGGCCUAUCCCCAAUCAGUACCUCGUCCCGACUCCCCAGAAACCACACCGUUGAGAGCCUCACCUGAACCUCCCGCCAUCUAAACGGACUCAUCAGAAAACACCCCGACGACAUCUCACUCGAUUAGUGAUGAUGGCGCAAUCGACCCUAUCUUCUACGGAGCCGCCGCCCUCCUCGGCCCAUUCGUCCACCGGCUUCCUGCGCAAACUCUUCGGACGAAACAAUGCGGCCCCGGCACCCGUCGGCCCGUUCCAGCCUAGGGAGCCCGAGCCCGAGCCUGAGCCUGAGCCCGACUCCGACGACCCGCAAAGUACUGACCUCACGCGCCGGGUCUCUAGAAAAGUCGUGCCCGGGCUUCCUCGCGUGCAAACCUUCAAACGCCAACAGUCAGAGCGUAGGAACAACCUCUCACCAGUCGAGUCCUCACCGGCAGAGAGGCGUGCUUUGUCGGUGGACAGACGCGUGCAGUCGUCACGUACAGCGUCACAGGCGCAGUCCUUUCCCCGAGCUAGUGCCCCCGACUUCUUCGAAAAUGCCUAUGGGGUUCAGACUGCCCCUUCUUCUCCGGCCGGCCCUGCCGACGAAAAGGCCGAAGCCAGCUUGGAUCAAAUGGUAGUGCAAAUAUCAGAACCCACUGUCAACGAAUCUCAUGUGCACGAAGUGCAGUCCAAUUCCGAUGCGCACUCAGUAACGACGUCACAAUCGCACUACGAGGCGAUGAUUCACGAUGAACUCGAAACCACUUGGGUUCUCAAUCUCAGCAUGCAUUUCCGGGACAAAUCCAAGAGAGAAAAGUUCUUUGUGACGUAUCGAGAAACACCCAUUCUCUGGCGUCGGGUAACUGUUUCUCUCGAUUAUCGCAAUGCCCCGGACAACUCUCUUGAGCUGGACUUGCUGCAUACCAAGUCUCAACGCGACAAGAGCUCAAAGAUAUACGAAGCCAUCAGAGACAGCCUGCAAGACAUCCAGUUCUAUCAAUCCGUCACCAAUCUGAAGCUACAGACCACUGACGGCCGACUGCAUGUUCAUGUAGUUGAGGAUGUGAAUGAAAUCAUUCAGUACCCUACCGUUCGUCAGGUACAACACCUGGGCUGUCGAAGGAUAAGAGAACGGGACAUUGAUUUUGAUUCCCACAUGUCUGGGUUUGUUUACAAGGUCAGAGUCAGCGGUGAGGUACUCAUCAAAAAAGAAAUACCAGGCCCCGACACUAUCGACGAAUUUCUCUAUGAGAUUAAUGCCUUGAACCGGCUUCGGUAUUCGAGGAACAUUAUUCGAUUUUAUGGCGUCGUUGUUGAUGAUGACGACGAGCAUGUCAAGGGACUGCUCAUUAGCUACGCCGCCCAGGGUGCUCUCAUCGACAUCAUCUAUGACAAUCGACAGGACUCCGACUUGGGUCUGCCGUGGCCGGUUAGAGAGAAGUGGGCGCGUCAAAUCGUGCAGGGACUCGCGGACAUUCAUGAGUCUGGCUUUGUACAAGGCGAUUUCACCCUUUCAAACAUCGUAAUCGACAACGAAGACGACGCCAAAAUCAUUGACAUCAACAGACGAGGCUGCCCGGUAGGUUGGGAGCCUCCCGAAGCAACACCUCUUAUUGAGAGCAACCAGCGCAUCUCCAUGUACAUUGGUGUCAAAUCCGAUCUCUAUCAACUCGGCAUGGUGUUGUGGGCACUGGCGGCACAGGACGAUGAACCUGAAGCUCAGGGACGGCCCUUGCAGCUCGGAGAGGAGCACAUCGUGCCAGCCUGGUACCGAGAGAUGGUAGACAUCUGCCUAAGCGAUGACCCCCGAUUGCGGCUGCAGGCCUCCUCACUCAUGGUCUUAUUCCCCGAGUCCACAGUUGGAGAGGAUGCUCCCCCGUCUAUCUCCGUGGAUGACGGUUACACCAUGCAAGAGUACUUCGUAAAUGGCUACCAGGACAAUGGCUACGCGAGGGUCAAGACUGUCCAGCCGGCUCAUGAUUGGUCGUUUUUCUGAAGACC